GCCGUGCCCGGCCCGGCCGACCCUCGGGUGGCCCUGUACUGGCCGUGGCUGCCGGGGGGCGAGGCUCGGCAGCGGCAGCUGCGCCAGGAAAUCGUGGCCACACGUGGGUGCGAUGCGGGUUGUUGCAGGGUGGACGUGCACUACAGUUGGGACUGCCUCAGGCGGCUCUGCCAGGCGCGCGAGGAGGCUGGCAAGACAAUCUAUGUCGAUUCGGUCGUCGUGCCAGAGGAUGCGCCAGAGGAGUUGCUUCGGCUAGCGUGGACCUCGUCACCAAAGGUGUACAGUGUGGGCAAAAAGCUCAUGGUGAAGCACGUGUGCGCUGAGGGGUCUGGGAGAAACAGUUGCAUGUUCACCACCAUAUUUCCAGUAUCCAGGCCCUUGGCCGCACUGCGAGCCCCGGUGAUAGUGCUGGAAGACGCGGAGUCUGCCAGCGUCGUGGGGCAGAUCCUCCGGACUGCCUACCACUUCGGGGUGGACUCGGCCGUGGUCUCCGAGUCCGUGUGGGACAUGCUGGGCGGCCGCGCGUGCCGCGUGUCGAUGGGCUGGGCAUACCACCUGGACUUCCACGUCGCGCUCUCCAUGCCCACCGCGCUGCGCGGCCUGCGGGCGCGGGGCGUCGAGCUCUUCGCCGUGGCGCCCGCGAGGGGCCCCUGCGCGGCCGGCCCCCGCGCGGCGCACCGCGGCGGGUGGGGGCUGGUGGUGGGCCGCGGCGGCGCGCCCUCCGCCGCGGCGCUGGCACAGUGCGGCGGCCGCGUGCCCGUGGCCCUGCGCCGGGAGGGGGGCCUGGCCGCGGCGCAGGCCGCUGCGCUCGGCCUCUACGAGCUCGGGGCCCGCGGGGUCGAAGUGCGGGAGGCGGAUGCCUCCAUCGGGGAGCACGAGCCGAGACCAUUCAUGGUCGCCCGGGGCCCGAGCGAGUCGGGCGGUGACAGGUUCAUGCUGGAAUGCACCGGGACGCACGUGGGCUGAGGCCGCCGCGCCUCGCGCUGCAGCGCCGCGGCGCGAGGUGCGGAGGCCGCGGCGGCCAGCCAGUGGCCGUGCCGGAGGCCGUGCGCGAAGCAGUUGCCAGCGCGCUGGCGGCUGCGGAGCGGCAGCUCGGCAGCUCGGCCGGAGGCACGCCGGAGGCGGCCGCACGGCGCGCCCGCCGCAGGCUAGAGGCCUUGGGGCUGCUCGGCGAGGGGCCCAGGGCUCUCUGCCGGGUGGCAGCGCCUCGCCGAGCCGCUGACGGAGAUCCCUGCCUCCCGGCCGCCCUCUCCGCAGAAUUGCUGCGCGAGCUUCCCCGAGCCCAGCGCCCCACGCUGCCGCCUCCACAUCGGAAGGUGCCCCGGGUCCGGUGGACCGGGACCCGCCGGCAGUGCCAGCACUGCGCGAAGGCUUUCGUUGUAGCCAGGCCAGGGCCAGUCGCCGGGUGCAGCACCCUACGCCCCCGCAGUCAGGCGCUUAGAGUCGAUGCGUCACGGGGAGGUAGGGGCCACGCACUAGCUGCACAUGUUUCGCCGCUCGCGAACGGAUCAAGCGAACCUGACACGCUUGCGCUGCGGGGGGCGCAGCACGGAGCGGC